AUGCCGUACAUCGCUGUUUAUAAACAGUUGCCCUUCGAGCGCGAUUCAUAUCUCAAAUCAUUCAUGCGGCUCAUCAUGCGUCCCUCUACCAUGAUCCAUGGUUUGAUGUUUUCCGCAUCAGUCCAUGCCGUCAAGCCUGCAGCUGUCUACAACGGAGGUUUCAACACGACCAACAACAUCGCCCUCCGAAUUGGCAAUGGCGGUGCCGGCCAGAGCGGCCUGAUUGAAGCCCUCGCCAACGCCUUCAUUAAAGGCAGUGUCAAAAACGGCUCAGACCCCUUCGAAAUAGCCUGGUACAAAUCCGACACCACACAGUCAAUAAACUACCUCAAAGACGACACCGUCGACAUCGGCAUAACCUACGCCCCCGCCGCCGAACAAAUCGCCAUCAAAAACGGCAUCGCCAAGUCACCUGCCUGGUACACCUUUCGCGACCACUUCCUCCUCGUCGGUCCCCCGUCAAACCCAGCAAACCUCUCCGAAACACAAGACAUUCAAACCCAAUUCUCAAAUCUCUACACAACUGCUGAAACAGGAAACACCGAUCCCCCCGUGCGCUUCCUAUCUCGCUACGAUAAAUCAGCCACGAAUAUCAAGGAGUCUCAGCUUUGGAUAGAGAUUGGUCAAGUCCCCUGGGCUACUGCGUACUCGACCUGGUACCACCAGUACAUCGCGUAUCCGAUUCAGGCAUUGACGGCUGCGAUUUUGCUAGAUGAGUAUACUAUCACUGAUCGUGGGACGUAUUUGUCUAUACCGACGGAAUUGCAGAGUAAAACUGUUAUUUAUAAGGCUGCUAGUGAUGAUGCGGAGGAUCCUUUGCUUAAUCCGGCUCAUAUUUUGAUUGGAGUGGGUGCGAUGAAUGAGGAGAUGGCGGAUAGGUUUGCACAGUGGGCUAUUAGUGAUGAGGGGCGGGAGGUUAUUACGGGUUUUAAGAAGAAUGGGCAGCAGUUGUAUACUGCUGCUCCGGCUAAUAAGUCUGCUCAGCUUCGAGGGGUGGAAUAG